AUAGGCUAGGCUUGGAUUGUAUAAAUGACUUAUACGUUCAACCUUUGAAGAUUCAUCAAACAUACCAGCCGUGGUGUUCACCAAAUCACUAACAUUCUACCAGUUCGAUCUGGUUAGGCUACAGCGAUCUAGCCGAGCGCCAGCCUUGUAACUCUCGCUACCACCAUUCUACGAUAACACUAUACAUCACUCUGAAGAUGUCACAAGAGUCAAAGGCAGUCACCUAUAAGCCUCCGACUCGCCCAAUCAUCACCAAACCUUCCGUCAUUCUUUAUGGCAGCAUCGAGCCCAAUCCUGCUGCCGACUGGCAAACCAGCCUCGCAGCCUCGCUCUCCGACCUACCCGUAGAGAUCCUCAACCCGCGCUGCGAUGCUUGGGACAGCACGUGGAUCGAAGACAUAUCUGAUCUACGCUUCAAAGAACAGGUCGAAUGGGAAAUGGACCAUGCGAAGGUGGCUGAUGUUAUCGCAUUCUACUUCAAGCCGGGCACGUUGACGCCCAUCACCCUGCUGGAGUUAGGCAUGUAUGCGGGAACGGGCAAGGCGGUAGUUUGUUGUCCAGAUGGAUUCUACAAGAGGGGAAAUGUGCAGCUUGUUUGUCAAAGGUAUGGGAUUGAGUUGCUGGGGAGCCUGGAGGAGCUGCAGAACAGUGUAAAAGCGCGGCUCCAAGCAAAGCUCUAGGCGUGAGGGCUUUUCCCAUGAUAUCAUAUCCUUCUCCCUCUGACUGAUCGAAAUGCAUCUUGCGUUUUUCCUCGAAUUGAACAUAGCAAGGCUGAAGCUUACGGGCUGGACUUGGAUUGUGGCUGUGGAUUGGCAGGAGUGGUUUAGCGCUGUAAUACCCCACCCUGAUACUCCUCCCAGCCUUC